AUGCAGGAGGCGCUGCGGUAUCCGUGGCGCGUCGCGAACCGCAUCACUGUAGGCCGUGGCGUGGACGUGAGGCUCGGGGGGCAGAGACGCUGCGCUGUGCGCUUUGCGCGAGCGCGAUCGACAGCGACAGCAAGAGCAACCAUGAGGGUGUUCACUGCGGAGCAAGUCCACCGCGCGCUGCCAUACGACGCACUCAUUGAGCAUCUCCUCGAGGCCUUCCGCGCCUCCAGUGGCGGACCUGGCAUCGCCGCCCCGCCACGACAGCACUACAGCAUCGGGCAGCGCGCUACGGAUGAGGAUGGGGAUGCUAAUACCGAGGUGGAUGCUAGGUCUGGGGCAGUAGGAGACCCGGAAGUGAGGGGGGAAAGAGGGGGAGAAGAAGGAGAGGGAGGAAGUGGAAGAAGGAUCACAGCAGAGGGGAAGAAGCAGGCAGGGGGGACGCUGCUGGUGAUGCCGGCUUGGGACUCGAAUUGCGGCGCGGAAGAGCCCUUCCUGGGUGUGAAGCUCGCGACAGUGUUCCCCGGCAAUGCCAGGCACGGCCUGCCAUCGGUGGCAGCGAGCUACCUGCUCUCCUCUGCUGCCACCGGCGCCCCCCUUGCCCUCAUGGACGGCACUGCCAUCACACUCCGUCGCACAGCUGCCGCCUCUGCUCUCGCUGCACACUACCUCGCACGGUAA